AUGCAUCACCAACAGCAGCCUUCCUAUGGUGGAUACCCCGGCCAAUCCUACCACCAGCAACCCCAGCAACCCCAGCAGUCCAACCCGUACGGAUACAGCCAGUCGUCGCAGCCUCACCAGUCGUACGGCGGCGCCCCGCAGCAUGGUUACAAUGCUCCCCCAUCCGGCUACAAUCAACAUUCCUCCGGACCUCCGAUGCAGCAAGGAAGACCAGCGUAUGGUCAAGGUGGCGGUCCGGCUCCCCCUCCCAGCAACCCCGUUGCUUUCGGUCAUGGCGCACCACAAGGCUACAACUUCCAGUACUCGCGCUGCACGGGAAAGAGAAAGGCGCUUAUGAUUGGUAUCAACUACUUUGGCCAAAAGGGCCAGCUGCGAGGAUGUAUCAAUGAUGUGAAGAACAUGUCCACUUAUCUGAACCAAAACUUUGGCUAUGCCCGUGAGGAUAUGGUUCUCUUAACCGACGACCAGCAAAACCCCAUGAGCCAGCCGACCAAGGUCAAUAUUCUCCGUGCCAUGCACUGGCUGGUCAAAGAUGCUCAGCCAAAUGAUUCGUUGUUCUUCCACUAUUCUGGCCACGGUGGUCAAACACCCGAUCUGGACGGUGAUGAGGAUGAUGGAUACGAUGAAGUUAUCUAUCCAGUGGACUUCCGGGCCGCCGGCCACAUUGUGGACGACGAGAUGCAUCGUAUCAUGGUGCAGUCUCUACGACCUGGAGUACGACUGACUGCGAUCUUUGACUCCUGCCACUCCGGCUCAGCUCUCGAUCUCCCUUACGUCUAUUCCACCUCUGGUGUGCUCAAGGAGCCCAAUCUGGCCAAGGAAGCCGGCCAAGGCUUGCUUGGUGUGGUAUCGGCAUAUGCGCGCGGUGAUAUGGGCAGCAUGAUGUCCACUGCCAUGGGUUUCAUCAAAAAGGCCACCAAGGGAGACGAGGUGUACGAGCGUAACAUAAAGACCAAGACCAGCCCGGCAGAUGUUAUCAUGUGGUCUGGUAGCAAGGAUGACCAAACUAGUCAGGAUGCCCAGAUUGCAGGCCAAGCCACCGGUGCCAUGUCUUGGGCCUUCAUUGCUGCUUUGCGGAAGAACCCUCAACAGAGUUACGUCCAGCUCCUGAACAGCAUUCGUGAUGAGCUCUCCACCAAAUAUAGUCAAAAGCCACAGCUGAGCUGCAGCCACCCUCUCGAUACCGACAUCCUCUAUGUGAUGUGA